AUGACCUGUUUCAUUUGCUUUAUUGACGUUGAUGACAAUUGUCGCCAUUCUUUCUACGACAUAGAUGAUGCUACAAGCAAACGUGCGAGUAAUUUGAUCAUGCUAUCUAUCCAAAUACUUCCUUCCAAAAGAAUCCGCAAACACCUGCAUCUAUCUAUCUAUCUAUCUAUCUAUCUAUCUAUCUAUCUAUCUAUCUAUCUAUCCUGUUCUUUUUCUAUCUAUCUAUCUAUCUAUCUAUCUAUCUAUCUAUCUAUCUAUCUAUCUAUCUAUCUAUCUAUCUAUCUCAGAAUCUGCUUUCCGUCUCUAUGCAUCUAUCUAUCUAUCUAUCUAUUUGGUAACCAUACGCCGCCUUGUAUCUUUCUACUUCUCUCACUCACUCAGUCUAUCUAUCUAUCUAUCUAUCUAUCUAUCUAUCUAUCUAUCUAUCAUAUCAAUCGCUAUAUACUGUCAGUUUUUUUUCCCUUCCCACUUCUCUCUCUCCCUUUCCUUUAUCUGUCCCUCCAUCCCUCCCUCCUUCUUAUUCUCUCUCUCUCUCUCUCUCUCUCUCUCUCUCUCUAUCUAUCUAUCUAUCUAUCUAUAUAUAUAUAUAUAUAUAUAUAUAUAGUGUGA